AUGAAGGAUCAGCCAUUGACAAGAAGAGGAUCAGCCAUUGACAAGAAGAGUAGUUUUCUCAACCAUCUGUUCCAUGAUAGAAUUCACUGCUCCUUCAUCAUUGGAAACAAACAAGUAACAGUUCUACGCCUGGAACUAAAUGUUGCGGUGGUAACUGUGAAAAUUAGUGCACUCCUUCAAAGAGAAUUAGAAUUAAAAAAUGUCACCGAGACCUUCUGGACCGACAGUAAUGUCGUACUCGGGUACAUAGCAAACGAGACACGUAGGUUUCAUGUGUUCGUAGCUAAUAGGAUUCAGAAGAUUAGAGACCAUUCUUCACCCAGUCAGUGGAAACACGUAGCAACCAACGUGAACCCAGCAGACUGUGGUUUACGAGGAAUUAGCGCUGAGGAUCUUGUGAGCAAAUCUACAUGGAUAGAUGGGCCUAGGUUCCUGUGGGAAAAUAGACAAAGCCACGAUACCAGUAUUGUCGCCGAAUGA